GAAUUAUUUAAAAGGGGCCACGAACACCGUGGACGCUGGUAGUUCCUCUCAUCAGAGUUACGGGUCGGGGGAAGAAGGAGCGGCUGGCAAUCAAAAAUCCCAAUUUUUUCUUCUGUUGUUUGUGAAAGAGAAAGACUUUCUUUCGAUCUUCUCCGAUUUGAAUUUCCCAAAAUCAAUCAUCCAACAAAGAUGAACGACGCAGAUGUCUCCAAGCAGAUCCAGCAGAUGGUGAGGUUCAUCCGCCAGGAAGCUGAAGAAAAAGCCAACGAGAUCUCCGUCUCUGCCGAAGAAGAAUUCAACAUUGAGAAGUUGCAGUUGGUUGAGGCAGAGAAGAAGAAGAUCAGGCAAGAGUAUGAGAAGAAAGAGAAGCAAGUUGAAGUUCGAAGGAAGAUUGAGUAUUCCAUGCAACUCAAUGCUUCUCGUAUCAAGGUUCUUCAAGCUCAAGAUGAUGUGGUUAAUUCCAUGAGGGAGGCUGCAUCAAAGGAGCUUCUGCACGUGGCCCGAGAUCACCAUGAGUACAAAAAGCUCCUGAAAGAUCUUAUUGUUCAGAGUUUACUCAGAUUAAAGGAGCCAGCAGUCUUGUUGCGUUGUCGCAAAGAAGACCAUCAUCUUGUGGAGUCUGUGCUGGAAUCAGCUGCACUGGAAUAUGCAGAGAAGACAAAUUUUCAGCCACCUGAGAUUAUAGUUGACCAUCAUGUUUAUCUUCCACCUGCUCCUUCCCAUCAUAAUGUCCAUGGUCCUUUCUGCUCUGGAGGUGUGGUGUUGGCUUCUCGAGAUGGAAAAAUUGUGUUUGAGAACACCAUUGAUGCACGAUUGGAUGUGGUAUUCCGCAAAAAGCUUCCAGAGAUCCGCAAACUCCUCUUUGCUCAGGUUGCUGCAUGAUGGGAUUGAUUGUAUUUGUUUGUUGCUCGUAAGAUUAUCAAGUUCUGAGAAAUUGGUCAUGGACCAAAAUGAUGUAUUUUGUCCAAUUGCUUGCUUGUGUACGAUUUUCUUAUUACUCUAAAUAACUUAUUUGCUAAAAUAGUUGUUAAAAUAGGUGGCCCUUGUUGGUUUGAUUUGCAUUUUGUCUGCAUCAUGUACUCAAUUCUUAGUAUGAUGAUAUUAAUAAAAGUUCUCAGCAUCAUUAUUAGCA